GCGACGACUUCAGCGCUGCCGCCGCCGCCGACACCACCACGAUUUCGUCGACCGCGACCACCACUACCGAGCACCGGCAGUGUCCACGUCACCAUCGCGGCAACGCACCGACGGUGACGACGGUUCGAACACAGUGGCGUACAUCCAGCGACCGGCCGCCACUACCGGUAUAACGCACGUCGGGCAUACCGUUCGCACUCUGCAAGUCGUCGUCGUCGUGUUCGGUACGCGCUAAUAGCCCAUAAUGAUAUUAUGAUGACAAUGAUGCACCGUCGUAUGUUUCAACCGAGCGGUAGUGUCGCGACGCGUUGUUAAUCGUUGUCGUUUCGCAUUUCCACGGCCAGUACAACGCAACACCUUUUAUCGAAGAACACGCCAAGAGUUGAUCGCUGUUAAUAUUGGGGCGGCGGCAGCAGCAUUUACACACCUGUCUACCCGUACGUUGAUAUCACCGCGGCAGACACUGUAACAGACGGUGUAUAAAUCAUUAGGUUUUCGUCGUCGGGGCUGCGGCCAUCACCGUAACCGAAAACUACGUCGGAGAAACGAUGAUAAAGAACACUUUGGUCGAGACUGCGGCUGCCGCCACUGAAGCAGCGGGCGUGCGGGCAGUGGCGUUGGCACUGCUCGUCACGGUGGCGUUCAGCUGCGCAUUUUUCUUCAUGAUGCGCUGGGCAGCGUCGGCGUCGUCUGCCGAACGGCGGCGGAGGUCGACGCGUCACCAGCGCGGAAACGAUGGCGACGGUUUCACGCCGGCGUCGAAGCAGAAGAAGUCAACGUCGGCCGCAGUCCAACCAAAGAGGAAGAACAACAGCGGCAAAAAUGGCGCUGUCCGUCCACAGGCGUCCGCCGGCGCCAAUACCACUGCGGUCGCGGGUGCCUCGGGCCCGUCUGGUAACACUGCCAACGGUAAGAACGGCGACAAGAAGAAGAAAAAGGGUGCCGCGGACGUUGACGUGUGUGCCGCCGACAACGCGACGACGGCAACGUCCGCCGGCCACCGCGGCGCAAACAAGGCGGCAGAAACUGCGGCGGUGGUCGCUGGCAACGGUCGCGCGGCCGCUGUUGCAGACCGUUCCAACGAGCGGAACCGCCGGGCCCGGCGCCAACGGCAGCAACAGGAGCAGUCCCGCAGCGGCGGCGAAAGUUCGACGCACAGCGGCGACCACAACCUGACGCCGGCCGCCACUGAAAACGACAACCAUCGUCGCCGCUCGUCGUCCUGGUCUUCGCACAGCCUGCACGCCGACGAGGAUCACCUGGUCGCCGACGACUCGGCAGCCGCGUACGACGACGACGAUCCGGAUCAGGGCGAAUGGAUCACAAUGACUGGUGGUGGUAGUAGUGGUGCCAAUUCUAUCGCUGUUGUUAACAAUAGUAACACUGAAUCAAAUCGGAAAAAACAGAAUCAACGGCGUGAUGAUAACGUAGUCAUAUCCGUUACAACUAAACUUGAACGCCGGCGACUUCAGCAUGAGAAACAACAACAAGAAGAAGCCCAGCGACAAGAAAAGCAACAGCGGCAAGAGAAACAACAAAAUCAAGAGAAAGAAAAUCAACAAGAUAAACAACACCAACAAGAUAAACAACCGCAAAAAGAGAAACAACAACAGCGGCGUGACAAGCAGCUGCCGCAACAGCAACCGCAACAACGGAAACGUGAUAAGCCAUCGCAGCAGCAAAUCACUGCACCCUCCGUCAACGACAUUGCCACUGCAUCAACUGCAUCAGUAAAAACGGUUGCUACCGAUAAACAACCACCAUGUCAACAGAACCGCCGAGAUCACGAUAACAAGGCUGAUGUCGACAUGACAGAUAAACGGUCCCGUGCCGAGUAUGAUGCUUCGGUAAAAACGUUACGGGCUGAGUAUGAAAAAGAAUCAAAGAUAUUGCGAGCAGAACACGAAAAAACGACUAAACGUUUACGUUUAGAAAACGAAAAUUUACGAUCUAAAAAUAGUUCAGUGACAGAGCGUUUGCGUACCGCUGAACGUGAGACAGCGAUAACAAAAAGACUACGAAUAGAGCACGAAGCGGCAGUGAAAGUAUUAGAAACAGAACGUGACGUCCAGCUAGCAGCAUUGCAGGCUAAACACGACGCAAUGAUGAAUACAUUGCGUAUGGAACUCGAGAACCUGCGACAGACCGCGUCUCAGAGUUCGCAAGUGGCUCAUAAGGCUGUUGUUGAAGUGACGCAUAAUGAAGACGUGACAGCGAUACGAGAUGCUGACGUGGUUAACGAAAAUAUGAAACACUCAGAAAACGAGGCCAUCGCGAUCCGGCAUCUCCGUGAAGAAAACGAGAAACUUCGUAAGGAGCACGAAGCGACGACUCGGAUUCUACGCGAGGAAAAUGAGAAACUUCGAAAGGAUCACGAGAUUGUAAUUCGAGGACUACGCGAGGAAAAUGAUAAUAUGCGUAUAAAACACGAGACUUCAAUGAAGAAUCUAUGGACUGAGCAUGAAACUGUGAUCGAAGGUGUACGUGCGGAAAAUGAAACUGUCCAGCGAUCCGCAAUGCAAAGUCUACGAGCGGAUCACGAGGCGAUGAUCGGAGCUUUACAAACUGAACAUGAGACCUUGGUUCAAAAAUUGCGUAACGAAAAUGAUGGACUACGCAAGCGUCAGGAAACUACUAUGCAAAGUAUGCGUGAACUUAAAGAUCAUAUGCGUACGGAGCACCAAAAUGAAAUCCGUAGUAUGCGGGUAAAAAAUGAGAAUAUGGCCAAAGAACACAAGAUCGCAAUCCAAGGUCUUAUUGAGGAAAAGGAACAUCUACAUACUGAGCACGAGGCAGUAGUUCAAGAUCUAUGUAAGAAAAAUGAGGAUUUACGUAAGCAAAAUGAAGAUCUACGUUUGGAGCUGGAGACCACAACAAAGAGUCUGCGAGCUGAACACGAGACCGCGAUCAAGGUGUUGCGGGACGAAUACGAGGCUGCGGCGGAAAGAGCACGUCGUCUCACCGAGCAUGAUGCGGCAGUGAUUGAAGAGUUGCGUGAGCAACAUAGAACUGAAGUUGAGAGGCUCCAGCGUCAACUAGCUGAAGAGGAGCAACAGCGUACCGCCAUAGCAGCGUGUCCACAGACAACCAAUGAUGUUAACUCCGACAAAAUUGACACAUUAAAGAAGCAAAAUAAAAUUCUAAGCGCCACUGUAUAUCAUUACAAGCAGAUCAUUACUGAUACGGAACAAAUGCUGAGUCGGUUGCAUGGACAUGUAGAACGUGAAGAGUCGAAGUGGUCAGCUCACGCAGAAGACCUUCAGAAACAGUUGGAUGAAGCAUUAAGUCAAUUGAAUACCCGUAAUUUACAAAGAAGUAGACAAAAGAAUCAAAACAACAGUGAAAAUGAAGAGGAAAAUUCUGAAGAUGAAAGUGAAGUUGUGACAUCGACAGUGAAAUGAUUGAAUAGUAUAAUAUUCUAACAGCAGCAGCGAUAGCAAUUAAAUAUUAUUAAUUUUUAUACAUAAUUUAUUUUGAAUGUAUUACCCGCAACUGAACUUUGACUGGGACAUUAAUAAUAAUAGAAUAAUUGUAAAAAAAAAGACAAUAAACCACGCGCACGCGUAGGUCGCAUAUAUCAUAACUUUUUUAAAUUGUAAAUGAUGAUAAUAUAGUGAUUAUUUAAUAUAAAUAAUUAUACAAUAUUAUUUACCAUAUAUAAUAUUAUGUGUAAUUAACUGCUAUUUCGAUAUUGUAAAUAAAUAUAUAUAUAUUUUUUUUUAAUUGCUAGCCACUACCACUGUGAUUCAACGCAUUUAUCCUCCGUUUUUCACUGGUGGUGGUAGCUAUUGCCUAUUAUCCAUAAAUGUAUUUGUUUUUUUACUUAUUUUUUUAUUAUUAUAUAAUUUAUUGAAUUUGGUACAAGAUACAACUCCUAAGUUGAUUGUUGUGUAUUAUGGCUACUCUCAUCUGAUUAUUAUUGUGCGUGUACCUGUUUAUAUUAUUACUUUAACUGCUAUAAUAUUAUUGUGUACAUGUAGUAAUAAUAUUUUUAUCAUCGCCUUGUGCAUUACUUACAUACAUUGUGCAGUUAUUUUAUAUCCAUGUAUCACUCACUCACUUAAUUAUUUAUUUAUUACUUAUUAGUAUUAUUUAUUUUCAAUAACAAUAUGU